AUGCUCAAACAAACUAAAGUCAACAUGUUUCAGAUCUCCGGUGAUGUUUUCAGGGCUUUGGGUCUAAAGAUCAAGAUUGCUAUAACAGUCAUCUUUAGUGGCUUACUCAUUGGUUCUGUAAUCUUACUAACAACUUCAACAUUCUCUAACAACUUCAACGACCAACUUCUUGAUGCUACACUCAACGGUUCAAGUGAAUCAGAAACACUCCAUGAUAAGUUUAUAGGAGGGCUUUUAAAACCGGGUUUCGAUGAAGGUUCUUGCGUGAGUAGGUAUACUCAAUCAUUGUUGUAUCGCAAGCCUUCGCCAUACAAGCCAUCACCAUAUCUUGUCUCUAAGCUUAGAAGCUAUGAGAAGCUUCACAAGCGUUGCGGUCCAGGCACAAAAGCUUACAAGAAAGCAACAAAGAAUCUUGGUCAUGACGAUGAGAAUUACGCAAGCAAAUCCGUUGGUAAAUGCAGAUACAUUGUGUGGGUUGCGGUUUACGGGCUAGGAAACAGAAUACUCACUCUUGCAUCUGUCUUCCUCUAUGCUCUCUUGACAAACAGAGUCGUUCUCGUUGAUCAAAGCAAAGACAUUAGUGAUCUCUUCUGCGAGCCGUUUCCAGGUACUUCAUGGUUACUCCCUCGUGACUUUCCAUUGAUGAAGCAGAUUGAUGGAUACAACAAGGAGUACUCUCGUUGUUACGGAACAAUGUUGAAUAAUCAUGCCAUUAGCGCGAACUCAACCCCAAGGCAUCUAUAUCUUCAUAUCUUACAUGAUUCAAGAGAUGAAGAUAAAAUGUUCUUUUGCACAAAGGAUCAAGAUAUGAUCGAUAAGGUUCCUUGGUUGAUAGUCAAAGCCAACGUCUACUUUGUUCCAUCUCUGUGGUUUAAUCCAACUUUUCAGACCGAACUGAUGAAGCUAUUCCCACAGAAAGAAGCAGUGUUUCAUCACUUGGCUCGCUAUCUUUACCACCCGACCAAUCAAGUUUGGGGUAUGAUCACUAGGUACCACGACGCUCACUUAGCUAGAGCAGACGAUAGGCUCGGGAUUCAAAUACGUGUGUUCAGCGACAAAGCGGGAUACUUCCAACACGUCAUGGACCAGAUCUUGUCAUGCACGCAAAGAGAGAAGCUAUUACCAAAAGUAGUCUCACAAGAAGAGUCAAAACUCAAUAUGUCUGAAAGCCAGAAACUCAAAGCUGUUCUUGUCACAUCUCUCUAUCCAGAGUACGCUGAUCGCCUCAAGAACAUGUUUUGGGAACAACCUAGCUCGACAGGAGAGUUGAUAGAAGUUUAUCAACCAAGUGGAGAAAGGUAUCAACAAACUGAUAACAAGCUUCACGACCAAAAGGCCUUGGCCGAGAUGUAUCUUCUGAGUUUGACGGAUAACAUUGUCACAAGCGCAAGGUCCACGUUCGGAUAUGUUGCUCAUAGUCUAGGAGGUUUAAAGCCUUGGCUGCUCUAUCAACCAAGGGAUGCUUCAGCUCCUGAUCCGCCUUGUGUUCGAUCCACGUCGAUAGACCCUUGUCACCUUACUCCUCCCUCUCAUGGAUGUGAUGCUGAUUGGGGAACUGACUCAGGGAAGGUUGUUCCUUUUGUAAAGCAUUGUGAGGAUCGAGACAAUGAUGGUCUGAAGCUAUUUGAUGAGUUAUAAUAGGUCUUGUUUAUUAUAGCUGGUUUCAUUUGUUUAUUGAGUUACUGAAACAGAGGAUCAUAUUUUCUCUCUUUUUAUUCUCGUCUAUAAU